AAAUUUCCCUCCCGAAAAUGGUUGAAACCGAGUGGACGCAAGUCUCUUACGAUGAAGGACGUCAAGCGCUGAAAAAGUGGCGAGAAUGCGGAGUUCGACGAAGUGAUGAGGUCGUCGAAAUUUGGGAGCACGUUAUUUCACGCUCACCGGCUUCUCUUGGAGACGAGCAAUGGGCUGUGUUGGAGCAGGUGUGCAUCGCAGCACUCGACGCGGCUCGUGUCGAUCUGGCUCAGGAUUGCAUUGACCAACUUCACGCACAAUUUCCGAAGAGUAAUCGAGUUUUGAAGCUGAAAGCGAUGCAGUUGGAAUCUACGGAACAUUAUCAGAAGGCGUUGGAUAUUUAUGAGCGACUGGUUGAGGAUGAGCCCAAUAAUAAUAGCUUCCGCAAGCGAAAAGUCGCGGUUCUUCUCGCUCAGGGAAAGCGUCUCGACGCAAUUCGAGCUAUCAACGAUUACCUGAAGAUUUUCCUGAACGACCCAGAAGCUUGGCUUCAGCUCAGCGAGCUUUUCCUGCUCGAAAAUGACGUGGCAAAGGCGGUACAUUGCCUGGAGGAGUGUGUGCUCAUUUCGCCGCUGAAUUCCAUGUAUUUCAGACGAUUAGCCGAUUUGAGAUAUACUCAAGGAGGCGCCGAAAACGUGGAAUUGGCUCGUUCCUACUACGAACGUGCGCUCAAAAUCAACCCAACCGAUUUGAGAUCUCAAUACGGAAUUCUAUUGAGCAACAAUUUGAUCGCGGCGACCACCAAAAAUGCGACGGAAAAGAAGAAAGCCGGAGCUGCAGCAGUUGAUGCAAUCGAUAAUUUGGUUAAUCGUUAUCAGAAGAUAAGUCCAAAAAGCAAUCCAGAAUCGGACGGAAUUCUCAAUUGCCUCGAAGCCAUGAAAGUCACUGUUGGAAGCAAAUAAAUUGUCAAUUUCCUCCCAAAAAAUGAUAUGCUUUACGUACAUUCCCCCGAAUAUUCGAUUAUUUCCUAUUUAUUUUCUGUUAAAAUUCAAUUUUUUUAAUGUCUAUCGAAAGUAUAUUUAUCGAAAAAAAGAACUCCUCAAGAAUAAAUAAAUGUGAUGAUUU